AUGGAUCCAGAUAUAAAGUUAGCUGAAAAAGCAUCUACUGCAGGCAACAGUAGAAAAAGGAAAACACCUGUACAAAAGUCUAAGAUUACGGAAGAGCCUGCUAAAAAAGCUAAAGUGGUGAAAAGUGAAUGCACAAAACAAUCAAAACCAAAACUGAAGAAAGAAGAUACUCUAAAAACAAAAACCAGUAAAUCAUCAGAAAAAUCCAGAGAUUGUGAUUAUUCUGGUGACACCAAUGAUGUGUUUGAUGCUAAUAUAUGUUGGAAUGAAGCUGAAAUGUUAUCUUACACUGAGAAAAUACCACAAAUAUUGGCUGAAAAUUUUAUAAAUCUGCUAAAGGAAGGUUGUACUCUACCAUUUAUAGCUAGAUACCGUAAGGCAGUAGUAGAUAACCUCAUGCCAGAUAAGCUCCAAAAUCUUUAUGAUAGUUAUCAGAAUGUAUCUUUUCUUAAAAAGAAAAUUAAAUCUGUUCUUGAAACACUAAAUAAAACAAAAAAGAUAACAAAUGAUAUUGAAAAAAGUAUCUUGAAUGCUCGCAGUUUAUCAGAGUUGGAUUUAAUAUAUGCACCAUUGAAAUCACAUUCCUUGUCUUUAGCAGAAAGAGCCCGUAAUUUAGGAUUGGAACCUUAUGCAAUUAAAGCAUUAAAUGGUGAAUCUAUAAAUCUAAAUAUGCUCUGCACUGAUAAUGAAGAUUUAAGCACUGCAGAUAAAGUAGAUGCUCAUUUAACACACAUUGUUGCUGAUAUAAUACAUAAAGAUACAAGAGUUCUUGAACAAAUAAGAAGUAUAAAAGAUGAAACUAGAUUCACUAUACAAAGUAGUAGGACUAAAAGUACUACAAAAGGGAAGAAUGAAGAUAAAAUCACAAAGGUAGAUUCAAAGUCUGAUCCAGAAACUUACAAAUUAUAUUUCGAUUGGAAAUGUCCUGCUCAAUUUAUAAAACCACAUCAAACUUUAGCAUUAAACAGGGGAGAAGAUGAGAAAAUUCUCUCUGUGAAAGUUGUUAUUCCAGAUUGGUUUUACAAUAAGUUAGAAAGGUUUUGUCUAUCCCUCUGGAAAAGCAAUUAUUGGGUGCAUGCAGGACUUAGUGAUGCUCACAAUCGUCUCAUAAAGCCAUGGCUGUCAAGACAAGUGAGAUCAGACCUUACCUCUCAAGCUAAUAAAGAAGCAGUCAGAACCUUUACUAACAAUUUAGAAAAAUAUCUUCUAACUGAACCUGUGAAGAAUAGAAUAAUAGUUGGCUUAGAUCCUGGUUUUAAAGCAGGCUGUAAGGUGGGUAUCAUCAAUCCAAAUGGUGAUAAGUUAGAAGCUUGCACAAUAUAUCCAGACCUACGACAAGUUAGACAUAAUGACGUAGCUGCAAAACAGCUUAGAGAUUUAUUGGAAAACUAUAAGGUGGAAUUAAUAGGCUUAGGUAACGGAACUGCCUGUCGCGAAACAGAAUUGUGGUUAAAAGGCCAUCAUAUAUCAGAUAACAUUCCAAUAAUCAUAGUUCCUGAACAAGGGGCUUCCAUUUAUUCCAUUAGCAAAGAAGCACAGAAGGAACAUCCCAAUAUGGAUCCUAAUCUAAUUUCAGCUUUAUCUAUUGCCAGAAGAGUAUUGGAUCCAUUAGGAGAACUUAUAAAGGUGGAUCCGAAAAAUUUAGGAGUUGGCCUGUAUCAACACGAUAUCCCACCUAAAAUGUUGGAGUCAGCACUAGAUUGUACAGUGGAAAAAGUAGUUAGUUUAGUUGGUGUUGAUAUUAACACCGCAUCACAGGCUAUGUUAAGACGAAUCUCUGGUCUAAAUGAGGCAAGAGCAAAAAAAAUUUUAACCUACCGCCAAGAGGUAAAUGGGUUUAAAAAUAGAGCAGAGAUAUUAAAAGUUUCUGGCAUUGGAAAAAUAACAUUCCAACAAUGUGCUGGAUUCUUAAAAGUAUUAGGAGGAAAUGAGCCAUUGGAUACCACUAUCAUACAUCCUGAGAGCUACGCCAUAGCUAAGGCAUUUGCAAAAAAAAUAGGUGUUAAUAUAAAAGAGCUCUCGCAACCUCAUUUUCCUAGUACAGUUGAAUCAAAAGUAGCAACUAUAGAUAUAGAGAAAAUCAGUCAAAAUUUAGAUACGGAUAUUUGUACGUUGGAGCUAAUUAUAAAUGCUUUCAAACAGAAAUCGUAUGAAGACAACGUCAUUACAUUCUGCAGACCAGUGUAUUCGUUAGCUAUACAAGCUAAAGAUCAGAUAAAGGAGGGGAUGACUCUAACCGGUGUUGUUCGUAAUGUAGUGCCUUUCGGAUGUUUCGUCGACUGCGGUGUUGGUGAUAAUGGGUUGAUUCAUAGAAAAAAUCUUGGAUGUAACGCAACGCCGAAGUUGGGCGACCGAGUAUCCGUUAAAGUUAUACCGUCUAUGAAGGCAAACAAAUUACAAUUCAAGCUUGAGAAAAUCUUAGACUGAAAAAUUAUAUCAUAGGUAAAUUCCUAUUUAAUGAUCUUGAAUUAUUUUAAUGUGAUGAAGAUUGUGAUGUCGACUAUACUUAUGUUAAGUAAAAUGUGUUGAAAAGU